AUGGGAAGAACAUCAUCUUGUUGUUCCAAAGGAGGCUUACACAAAGGGCCAUGGACUGCUAGAGAAGAUGCAUUGCUUGUCAACUAUAUUCAACAAAAUGGUGAAGGCCAUUGGAGAGCUUUGCCUAAGAAAGCUGGUCUGCUUAGAUGCGGUAAGAGUUGUAGAUUGAGAUGGAUGAAUUAUCUUCGACCUGACAUUAAACGAGGUAACAUAACCGCUGACGAAGACGACUUGAUCAUAAAGCUACAUUCACUUCUUGGCAACCGUUGGUCGUUGAUCGCCGGUAGACUCCCCGGGCGAACUGACAAUGAGAUAAAGAACUACUGGAAUUCCCACCUUAGCAAAAGGUUAGCAAUAACCAAAGACAAUGCAGGAGAGACGAAGAAGGAAAGCAAUGGAGAGACAUCAAAUACUAGAAAACCAACUGAAGUUUCGUCGUUUUGCAACGACGAUAACUCGAGCAAUGGUAUAGGAAGUGAGCUUCUAUUGUCAUCAGGAAAUCAAGGAGGCGAAGACGGUGGCAGCCGAGGUGGUGGAGGUGAGACUGAUCAGUUGGGUGUGAAUGGAGAUGAAGAGAUCAUUGAAAAGGUGAAAGCUGGAAGGGAAGAAUUGGAAGAAAGUGGGGAUUUUUUUGAUGGAUGUGAAGGUUUGUAUAAAGGGUUAUCAUGGAAUGGUUCAGAAAAUGGCGAAAGGGUAGAUGAAAUUGAAGAUGAUUCUUACCAACAACUACUCAACCUUGAGGGAGAAGAUUACAUUCAAUUAGAGUCCUUCAUUGAUUACUUCUUAAUUUGAGUAAACUUCAUCUCUCUAUUGUAUAGUUCAUUUACUAUAUAUAUUAUAUUAUAUAUAGAUAUCCAGUUUGGGUUUUGAUGGGAUUGAUAUUGGGUGACGAUUAAAUUAUGUAGUACCUUCAUUUUAAAAAGUGGCUGAACUUUCUAUUGCACAUUGCAGAUUCUGCUUC